GUACCUAUCUAAACUAAAAACAAACAACAAAUAUAGUGUAAUAAAUUAGCUCAUUCAACCUAUUUGAAAAUACUGUGAGUAGGUACAUAUUACCGAAAUUAUAAUGAAAACACAGUCGUUGCAACAGAUUUAAAAAGAAAAAUAGGUAUGAUAGCAAGGACUCGCCAGUCACGGAUCAUAAGAGAAACGCGCAGCGUCCGUGCUAAAUCGCUCAGCCACACCGGUGUGCACCCCUCACCCAAGACACACCCGAAAACUAAAAAUAACCGCGUCUAACAAUAACCUAACCAUCCACUGCGUAUUCAGUACGAAACUUAAAUGGCAACCACUAAGGAAAGCAGCAGUGAACGUACAAGCAUGUUUAUAAGCGACUAAGUUAGUAUUGUGGUAUCAGAGAGCGGAUUACCCGCCGAGGCGUAUCGCGAUGGCGGAGAGGGGAGCGGGGCGACGAACGAGAAGGCUAUAGCAUGCAGCGGGAGCGGGAGCGAGCGAGCAAGCCACGCGCGCGGGCGGGCACCCCAGUCUGUACUCUUUAGUUCCGCGCAGCGCGCCGCUCGCGUCGCCCGCCUCCGCUGCCGCGCCCGCUACUAUGAAGGCUAAAGGGAUGCGUUCGAAGAACAUGGAUAAGCUUAUAGCCGCAGUCCAGGCGAGAGAAUGUCUCUGGGACAAAAGCUACAGAGGACACAGGAAUCGUUUUAAGUUGGAGCGUUAUUGGAACGAGGUGGCCGCGGAAGUGGGGACUAGCAGUCUAAACUGCCGCAAACGAUGGAAGAACCUAAAAGACCAAUGCCGCAAAGAAAUGAAAAAGAACCCCAACGAAUCCGAAUGGCCUCACUUCCCGAAACUCAAGUUCAUCCACCACCAGUUCCUCGCAGAAGACGACGAAGACGAGGGUGAUACCAACGACGAGGUCUUCAAUGCCCUUGAUGACUCCAUAAAGAGACCAAAACUAGGAUACACCAUGAGGAAGAAAUUCCUCAUGAACAAAAGACGCACGAUAGAUGUUGAUAUGAAUAAGUUAAUAGAGCUGGUGCAAGCGAGAGAUAUUAUUUGGAACAGGCAGCUGAAAGGGCACCACAAUUGGUAUAAGUUGGAUGAGAGUUGGAAGGAGAUUGCUCAAGAGCUGGGAGUCACACGCGACGAAGCGCGGCUCAAGUGGAAAUACCUCAGAGACCAGGCCAGAAAAGAGGUCAGGAAGCAAGAUUCUGAAUGGGAAUAUUUACCUAAACUACAAUUUUUAACUAAUCAAUUCAAUGACUAUGAAGAGACUCCUGGGACUGAAGAUCAUUUCGCGGAUCAAGAUUUUGAGCCUCCCGAACAAAGCAGCAGUUAUUACAAUAUGGAGCCAGUUCCAGAACCGACGAAUGUUAGUGUUAAAGAUGAUGAAUUUGAUGAGUUUGACACUAAGCCUAUAAUUAUGGAGACUGAUUUUUAUGAUGAUGAUGAUGAGGUCCCAAAAAGCCCUUGUACGACUGCUGGGCAAGACGUCGGGGAGCCAGCAAAGGAUGAAGAUAUAGGGUUUUUCAACAGUCUGUUGCCGCAUGUGAGGAAGCUUGGGCCGGCAAAGAAGUUGAUGCUUCGGAUGAAGAUACAGGAGUUAGUUUAUAAUACUGUUUACAAUGAAACGUAGGGCAUGAAGAUGAUUUUAUCGUAAUGUUAAGAAGAUAGCGAAAUUAGGAUGACAUCCUAAUAAAGGAUGACAACGUAGUCUGGCAAAACAAUUAUUUUCAGUAGAAAAAGUAUAAAAAAACUGUCCCUUUUUUGGGAUGAUAUGAUACUAUCGUAAGACAAAGGCAGCAUGAUUAUCUCUGUCUAUGCUGCAAUGACAAAGAACCCUUGCCAAAUUAUAAAAUGAAAAGUUUAUUUCGAAAUAUUUGCAUGUCUUCCAUGAGACGAAAUUUCUUUUAAACGUUGCAUUAGCAUUUCCAAAAAUAUGCCUGCCUUAGAAGGAUUCAUCUGAAAUGUCCUGUUUCUCGAAAUUUCGUAUUUUAAUGCCGGCUGUACACACUCGUCCAAAGCCUCUUGUCGAAAGUCUCGGCACCGCUCCGAUCCAUUUGGAGAGCGAGACGAGAUAAGGAAGAGCGAGACCAGAAGGGAGCAGCAUGUACACACUCGUUCUUGGCCCGUCUCGGGGUCUCUUUACGAGUGUAACAUCCGCAAAACAUUUCCCGAUAAAAUGAACUUAUCACUAAAAUAUCGAUAAAAGUUGCCAGAUUUUAAUGAUCAUGUUUUGUAUUCUGAGCUUUUAAUUCUCUGCAAAGUUACCUGUAUUGAGGUCACAAAUCCAAAAAUAGCAGAAGCAGUCAAGCCGGUGAGGUGGUCGAAAUUAUCUAAACACAUGCUUGAUCACUACUGUCCCAAUCCACUGGAAUGACAGGCUAUCAGGGAACCAUAUCAUGUGUAAUAUAAAUUAGUAAAAUAAACUUAUAAAGUUUCUUGUAAUGUCUAAAAUUUAAUUAUAAUGUAUUAGAAUUAUAUACUUUCACAGUUGAAAUUUUAAUAAGUAAAAAAAAAGAUAUUUUUAAACACCUUAUUGGUCUGUGAUUUAAAGUGACCGCCAUUCCAAAUGAUUAUUUUUAUUAUUUUACAUGAUUUUAAAUUGUAUUAUUUUAAAAUUGUAAGACUAUUUGAAUAAAACCCGGGCGAAUUUAAAUUUACGAUGUUCACGGUAGAACCUCUACCUCUCAGUGAUUGAUUUUAUUACUUCGAACUCUACUUAUAAGUAUAGCGCCAAUUACAUCCACACUAAAUCGGGCCUGAUGUCAGACCCGAAGUCGGGUCCGAGUAAGAGUAUUUAUCCAUUUCACCAAAUAUAUCAUGUAAAAAAUACUUUCACUCAAAUUGCCAAAAAUGUUCGUUUAGGUAAUAUUUUUGCAUAUGAAUAAUUUUUUUAAGUUUCAAAUUUUGUUGAUGAUGUGCUGAUAUUCCGUGAAACGGUAAACGUAAUAUUAGGCCCGACAUCGGGACUGACUUCGGGCCCGAUAUCGGAAAGUGUGGAUGUAAUUGGUCCUUGUAACAAGGUCAACAUGGAUAAGUGUGUCUGUGGGUUAAGUGUGGCUUACCUUCACAUUGGGGCCUGUUCACACAAUGAUAAAUGUUUAUUGCAAGUUUAUACAUUUGCUACUAAACGCCAGUAGCAAGUAAAGCAACACACUUACACUUACAUUUAGAGAUAAAUCAUGCUGUCUUUUUCUAUGUAUGGCACUAUCCCUUUCGGCUAUUUAGGAUUGUCAAAAUUCAAGUCAUUAUUUUAUCUGUCAUACUGCCCAUAUGUCGCACUUAACCGUAUUGACGUUAUUUAAUUAUUUCUAUUUCACAAAGAAAGUUUUAAGUAGGCUUAAGACCUAACGUGUAUUUUAAUAAGUAGGAAAAUUACGUUAUAUUUCUUGCAACUUGCAUCAAAAUAAAAAAAUAAAAUAGAUGAUUUUAUUUGAAA